CAUAGCCCACCAAAAUACUUCUUGUGCUGUUUCUUUGUCUGCUUUUGUAGCCUCAUUGCCAUCAUUGUUCUCAUUAUCUCACCUUCCUUUGCUUCACAACAUUUAUAUUUUUGCAUUUAAUCAUUGCCCACCUUCACUCUUCUAAUCAAGAUUCUCUUUUUUUAAUUUUUUUUUGACCCCAUUUCUUGAUUUCUUGUCUUUUUUUCAUUUUUUACCCCAUUUGAGAAGCAGACAUGGUUGGAGUUGAAAACUUAUGGAUAGACUUGAGUCACACCAGGACAAAAGGAGAGAUUUUUCUCUGGAAUUUCAGCCACAGCUCAAGCAUUUUAUUCAACUAGACCCUUGUGUAAGUUCCAAGAAAGAGAACCAUUUUUCUGUGUUGAAGUUUAAGGUUUCAAAAUCCAUCAAGAAUUUGUAUCAAAAAGCUAAAGUGUCAAAGGGUUUUGGAAGUAAAAGGUUUGAUUUUGAUGGCAUUGUAAUGACUAACUCUGUUUAUUGUGGUUCUUCUCCUGGUUUUGUUGAUGAUAAAAUGGAGGUUUUGUCUGAUAAGAGUGAUGGGGCAGAAGGGGUAAUGGAGGGUUAUGGGGAAAAUGCUGGAAAAAUUGAGUCUUUGGAUGAGAAAAUUGGCAUAGAGAGUAGUUCAAGUUCUGGUUUUUUAGUGUCAGAGGAAAAUGUGAAUGAAGAAAAUAGUGGGUCUGAGGAUUCUUGUUCUCCAUCUUCAAUUGCUUGGCAUAUUCAGGAUGAUGAGGUGCAGCAUUGUGCAAAUUCUGAUGUUUCCGAAGAAGUAGAGAAGCCCUUUGUAGAUAAAAGGAAGUUGGAGAAACAAGGGUCUUGUUUGUCUGAGAUUGAAAUGAUGAAGGAGAGAUUCUCAAAGUUGCUGCUGGGAGAAGACAUGUCUGGUUGUGGAAAUGGGGUUUGCACAGCACUAGCAAUUUCUAAUGCUAUCACUAAUCUAUGUGCUACUCUUUUUGGGCAAAUUUGGAGAUUAGAACCUUUAGCUCCAGAGAAAAAGUUAAUGUGGCGGAGAGAAAUGGAAUGGCUUCUCUGUGUUAGUGAUCACAUUGUAGAACUCAUACCCUCUUGGCAGACAUUUCCUGAUGGCAGCAAACUUGAGGUUAUGACUUCUAGGCCACGGUCAGACCUUUACGUCAAUCUUCCAGCUCUCCGUAAACUGGACAAUAUGCUCCUUUGUUUGCCUCUUUCACAGGAGAUAUUAGACUGUUUCCGAAGCACAGAAUUCUGGUAUGUUGACCAAGGAAUCUUAGCUCCAGAAUCCGAUGGGUCGUCUUCAUUCAGAAAUCCUCUCCCUCGUCAAGAAGAGAAAUGGUGGCUACCGGUUCCUAGAGUUCCCCCUGGUGGUCUCAGUGAAAAUGCAAGAAGGCAGUUGCAGCACAAACGUGAUUGCACAAACCAAAUCCUGAAAGCUGCAAUGGCGAUUAACAGCAACAGCUUAGCUGAAAUGGAGGUGCCUGAAUCAUAUUUUGAAGGCCUUCCUAAGAACGGAAAAGCUAGCUUAGGUGAUCUCAUCCACCGAUAUAUUACUUCAGACCAAUUUUCACCUGAAUGUUUGCUUGACUGCCUUGAUUUGUCUUCUGAGCAUCAAGCAUUUGAGAUAGCAAACCGAGUGGAGUCUUCAAUUUAUGUGUGGCGCAGAAGAGUUCACUCAAAACCUUUUGGAAGUACUCACAGGUCCAAUUCAAAAUCCUCAUGGGAAAUGGUUAAGGAUUUGAUGGUUGAUGGCGAUAAGAGGGAGUUACUUGCUGAUAGAGCUGAAAGCCUUUUGCUUUGCUUAAAGCAAAGGUUUCCUGGUCUUCCACAGACAACCUUAGACAUGAGCAAAAUUCAAUAUAACAAGGAUGUUGGCAAAUCUAUUUUGGAGAGCUACUCGAGAGUGCUUGAAAGCCUGGCAUUCAAUAUUAUUGCACGCGUUGAUGACCUUCUUUAUGUGGAUGAUUUGAAUAAGCACUCUGAUCAAUUUGUGCCAAUCUCCAAAGUCGGUAUCAUUGCACAUAAGAGCAUGGGGACUCCUCUCUCAGUACCUGUCAACGGCACUCCAUAUAAAACAGCUUUUACCACACCAAGCUUCUCCCCUUCCCAACAUAUUAGUCCUGCAAAGGGAGAAAGAUCAAAAAUGUUUGAAGGCAGCAAGCUUUCUACUCAAGGCUUUGGCGUGAAAAAGGUUUUAACUGAUUAUUUGAGCAUCGAUUCAAAAGGAAAGGACGAUUUGAAACGAUCAGAUUCAUGUUCAAGCACAUCUCAAGAUGUUUCAGCAACUGCGUCCACACGGUCUUCAGAAUGUUCAAGAGAAGUUGUCAGCCCAUUGACACAUGACUCAGAUGCAAAAGAAUAAGCACUCCUGUAUAUUUGGCUUCUCAAGAAGUUCCUUUUUGAUGUAUUUGAGCGUGAAAUAGGUGUUUUAGCAUAUAUUACUUCAUUCAUCAAGUAUCUUUAUGGUCAUAAACUUGAUAUCCUUUGUUCCUUUAGCCAAGUUCUGAUGGUAAUGUUACAUUGGAUUGUACAGAAGAAUGUUGUAUGGUGUUUUCCUGUACCAUGUAUAAUUAUCAGCCAGUUUUGAUUUUUCCAAGCAAUAAUACAAGUACUAAAGAUUGUACUUCCU